AACUGUUUUCAUUUUCAACUGUGCACGGUUACCGUCCGAAUCAAUUGAGUCAUAGGAGAAAAAUGGAGUUAGAGUGGAUCGAAACGAUUGUGAAGAAGCACGAAAAGGAGAAAAGUGUUGCUCGUGUCAUGACGAUGAAAUGCGAACCGGCCGUGAAAAAAGGCGACAACUAUUGGGGCGAUAUAGUCCGGACCAAGCUCGACGUUGUACUGGGAUCGGGUAAAAAAUCCACGAAGUCCGUCAUCUGUAAGAACAUGCCAAAUAUUGCAAUCCAACGAAAAUUAAUCGAGGAAUAUUCCUUCUUCAAGUCAGAAAUAAACAUGUAUACUCAAACGUUACGUCAAAUGGAGUCAAUUAUGGAAGAUUACAAUGACACAGAAGAGAUGCUGUGGUGCGAGAUGAUUGGGCACCGGUGCUACGACUUACUAAUUCUUGAGGAUCUUAGAGUGCAAAACUACUCCGUGAUCGACAGGAUAAAGAUGAUGGACAUGGAUCACACCCUCAUGGCAAUAAGGUCCGUGGGAAAGUUUCACGCGGUGUCCAAAGCACUUCUGAUGAAAGGGCUCGCGUCUCAAGAUGUGAUGCGUCCGCACAUUUUAUACAGAGAUGAACGUUCUCUCAAACUAGUCUUCGUCGGUCCUUCAGAAACAAUGUGCGAAGUAGUAGCAACCGAUUGGGGAGCAGAAUGGUCUUCUAUGGCUAAACGUUUGUCUACAGCUCUUAGCAAAAUCGUCGAAACUAUGCUGCGGUUUAAUGAAAUUGAUGAAUCGAGAUUGAACGUCAUCAAUCACGGCGAUUGCUGGAUGAACAACAUUUUAUUCAAAUACGACAGUAGGAAAAACCCAGUCGGCCUGAAGUUUGUUGAUUUCCAAAUGCCCCACUACAACACGUUCGCAUUCGACUUGACGUACUUAGUGUACACCUCGGUACGGCCAGAAAUCCGACGAAAUUAUUAUAUGAAAAUACUAGAAGCUUACCACGAGUCUCUGGUAUCAAACCUUAUCAGAUACGAAAUUCCUGCGGAUCAGAUACCAAGCUUGAACGAUGUCGUAACGGAGAUGGAAAGACUGAAACCGUAUGCGCUUUAUCUAUUAUGCGCCCACUUGCCGAUAAUGAUUGCGCCACCACAAUCGAACGCCUUUGAUUUUAGUAAAGUCAGUAAUGGCCACACAGAUGCGAAAAAAGGCUACAAUCUUUCGAUAUUCAACAACCCGUUUUAUGUAGAAAUGAUGAAAACUGACCUUAUGCAUUUUACCAACGUAGGUAUACUGGGGGAGGAUACAACAGAUUAUGAGCUUCCCGUCCCCUAUGUUAAUUCUUUGAUAGGCGAAACUCAAGCAAUGUUUACAGUUUUUAAAUCUUUACAGCUUGGAAAUGGUUACCCAGGUGAGGUAGACAGUGAGUCAGUCAAGAUGCAAGACUCACCCAAGUCAAAGACCCAGCCGAGACUCACCCCAGGCAGUCAAGACCAAGGACCGGGAGAGAAGCAGCCACACUCCGUCUGGGAUUCAACAAGGGGACUCAGCCAGAGCCAGCGAGGACCAGCCGUUGCGACCAAUCGAGCCAAGUCAGAGGUCGGGAAAAGAGAUACUGUGAACACUGAUCGUGGAGAGCAUCGUUUGGGGAAUCGCAACAACGUAGCUCCAAUGGCUGAAAAACACUCGUCUUAUUCUAUAAGGAAUAGGCGCGAUAAUCGGGAAAAGUCCCAUGGCAGCUCACAUGGGCACGUACACGAACCGCUGCCGCCCAAAUUUCCCAACGAAAAGUCGAAAAGGAUUGAUAAAGAAUGGAUCGAAUCGGUUAUGAAACGGUUUGAAACCGAUAGAACGAUAUAUCGCAUAAUCGACUAUGAAACGGAACCUGCCAUACCAGCUGGCGACAACUUCACGAGCACUCUUGAAAGGUGGAAGGUCAAGUUGGUCCUCGGGUCUGGAAAAGUUGAAACUCGAAGAUACAUUGUCAAAGUACUCCCUAAGUCCGCUGUCAGCAAGCAUUUCAUUUCUUCGUAUUUCCUUCUCCAGAAAGAAAUCAAGGUUUACGAAUACGUAUUCAGAAACAUAGAGGACGUCAUGUCGGCCCACAACGACAAAAAAGACAAGUUAUGGUGCGACCUCAUAGGCUACAGACCUUAUGACACAAUCAUCCUACAAGAUUUGACGGAGUUAAAUUAUAGGGUGCCUAAGAGAACUGACUUUCUCGAUUUCGAACAUUGCAUCCUGGCGACAAGAGGCCUGGCCAGGUUUCACGCCCUGUCGAAAGUCGUCGUUUACGACAAUAUCGUCGAUAAAAGCUCGUUUGGCCCGUAUCAGCUCGUCUUCGACCCCAAAUCAGUCGAGGCGUUCAUGGAAGGUGGUGUCAUCGGGCUGUAUAAAGGCAUGAGAAACACAUGGGGCCCCGAAUGGGCUCAUAUAGCGGAAAGGGUGAGAAAAGUGUCGGAAAGUGUGGAAAAGCGGCUGAUAGCGUUGGCAACUAUAGAUAACGAGUCGAACAACGUUAUCAAUCAUGGCGACCUGUGGCUUUGUAAUAUUCUCUUCAAGUAUGACGACUACAAAAACAUGCCAAUCAGCGUGAAAUUCAUCGAUUUUCAACUGAGCCACUACAACUCUUUCGCCUGGGACCUCACGUUCCUGCUGUACACCAGUGUGACUCCGGCAUUCCGCCGUCAGCAUUUCACAGCGAUUUACGACGCGUACUUCGAAACGUUGAUCCGCACGCUGCAUUUCUACAAUUACUCCGGCCGCUACCCGAAACGUGAAGCGAUCGACCUGGAGAUGAACCGUCUCAAAUUUCUCGGUUUUGUGACACUCUGUACCAUGUACGCUUUGUCGCUCGCGGACAUAGAGGAGCCUUUCAAUGUCGAGGUGUUCGGCGACCAUCCCGAUCCGAAAUCAGGUUUCAAACCGGAGAUUUUCGAGUCCGAAGUUUACAAGAACACAGUCCAGCAGGAUUUGUCACUCUUCUUUGCCGAAGGGAUCAUCUAAUAAGGGUUGACUGUC